GAGAGAGAGACAAACUGUUUCAUUUCUAUAGAAAUGAAACAACGCUCAGUAUAUAAAAUUCAGCCCAGUUCAGCGCCCAUCAAAACAAAGAAAGACAUGGACCCCGUGACAGCCGCAUACCUAGUAGGAGGAGCAGCAGCUGCUGUGGUCGCGGCCCCUGUCGCUCUGGGGGCCAUAGGCUUCACCUCGGCGGGGAUAGCGGCAGGCUCCUAUGCUGCCAGCAUGAUGUCGGCUGCUGCAGUUGCUAACGGAGGGGCGGUGGCAGCAGGAAGUACGGUGGCUGUUUUGCAGGCAGCAGCAAACCGUCCUCGCCAACUGAAAAUUGAAGACGCUUCCUCAACUUAUUAUUAUUAUUAUUAGCAGCACAUUCACACAUUGAUGUUCAAUGAGAGCAUUCACUCUCUUUGGCAUUUAGACCUAAUGGUGAAUGAUUAUAUUGAGCCUCACCUCAGGCUGCUCCUCUCUACUAUAAAAACAUUUUUAUUUGUUGAAGGCACUUUUUCAAGAUCUUUGUAUUGACUGGCUGGAGACAGGCGGCCAUUAAGAUAACAAGAUGUAAAUAAAAUAUCCAGUUUACCAGCUGA